AUGGUUGAAGAUUAUCAAGAAGGGGGUCUUGUCACUCGCUCUCAGGAUAUCAAAACUCCGUUGGUUCCAUUACAUGUGAAGAUGUGUGAGGCAGCUAUGUUUAGCCACAAUCAUAAUAAUUGUGAGGUAUGUUCUGUGGAUCCCCGUGGUUGCGCGCAGGUUCAAGAUGAUGCGCAAGGGCUAAUGGAUCGAGGAGAGCUGGUUGUCACAAGGGAGGACAAGAGCAUCUUUGUUGUAAUCCUUGUAUUCAAGGAUAGUGCGAAACCAAUUGGCGGUGUUACUCCGGUGUUCAAGGACAAUUCCAAGCCAGUCGUCACUCCUCUUGUGAUUUGUGUACCAAGAUCCAAGCCGGUUUUCUCUCAAAACGCCAUGCCGUAUAACUAUGAACCUACAAACAUGGAGAAUGAUAAAGAGAUACCCUUGAGUCCUUCAACUUCCGUGAGUAACAUUUCGGAGAAUAGUCAAAUUCUGAGAAGUGGAUGUAUUCUUCAUGCUAUUGUGCAAGCAAAGAAGAAAGCUCCGGUGAUAGAGUCAGUGCCAGUACCAGAUCCUAGCAAGGGUAAGAAUGUGGGUCAACCUAGUGGAACUGAUAAUGAUGAGAUUUUGAAGCUAAUCAAGAAAAGUGAUUAUAAGAUAGUGGAUCAGUUAUUGCAGACUCCAUCCAAGAUUUCUAUCAUGUCACCAUUGACAAGCUCUGAUGCUCAUAGGGAUGCCUUGAUGAAAAUGUUGAAUCAAGCCUACGUAGACCAUGAUGUGACUUUGGGUCAAUUUGGGAGCAUUGUUGGAAAUGUGACUGCAUGCAACAAUCUGAGUUUCAGUGAUGAAGAUCUACCUGUGGAGGGGAAAAAUCAUAAUAUGGUCUUGCAUAUCUCUAUUAUGUGCAAAACAGAUUCUUUGUCCAAUGUCUUGAUAGACACCGGUUCUUCCCUCAAUGUGAUGGCGAAGACAACCUUUGAUAAAUUGACAUAUUCAGAUGGAUUUAUUAGGCCUAGUUGCAUGUCAGUAAGGGCAUUUGAUGGAUCCAGGAAGACGGUAUGGGGAGAAGUAGAUUUACCUAUCACUAUUGGGCCCCAAGAGUUUAAAGUUACAUUCCAGAUAAUGGAUAUUCAAGCUUCCUACAGCUGUUUACUUGGUAGACCAUGGAUUCAUGAAGCCGUGGCAGUAACAUCCACUCUUCAUCAAAAGCUAAAGUUUGUAAGUCAUGGAAAGCUUGUUACAGUGAGUGGGGAAUCAGCUCUUUUGGUUGGCCAUUUGUUGUCCUUUUCCUUCAUUGGUGGUGAAAGUUCGGAUGGAAAAUCAUUCCAAGGGCUUUCGGUUGAAAGCAGUACUACAAGAGGUGAAACAUGCAUGGCCUCUCUAAAGGAUGCUCAGAGAGUAAUUCAAGAAGGAAAAGCGGAAGGUUGGGGGAAGUUAAUACAGCUGCCCGAGAACAAGCGCAAAGAAGGUCUGGGUUUCUCUGGCAAUAAGCAAGUGGUGUUCGAUCCAACUAGGUGGACUUUUCAGAGUGCCAGAUUCAUCAAUGCGCCACCUGAGACUAAUGCAAUCUUGGAAGAUCAAUCAGAAGAGGUGGCACCUGACUUUGUGACUCCUGGUGGAAACUGCUGCAAUUGGAUCAGCGAUACCUUUUUCUAA